CGUCAUCGUAAACAAACAUGGCAGACUUACUCAUCAAGAAACUGACAGCUGAGGACUUUAACGCCGAAAGAUAUGUGCAGGACCUCAGCCAGAGCAGUGUUGGGGGGCUGGAGCUACAGCAGCAGAGGCAGAAGAUCCAGCACCUGGCCGAGGACACCAACGCCCAACUCAAGAAAAAUGUGUAUAUGAACUAUAUGCAGUUUAUUGACACAGCUAAGGAAAUUUCAUAUUUAGAGAGUGAGAUGUACCAAUUGUCCCACCUUAUUACUGAACAGAAAUCGCUUUUGACAUCUUUACUGGAAUUGUCAAUAACAGGUGACAGAGGGCCCGGAAGUGCAGCCCAGGAAAUGAUCGAAGUGAACCCACAGGAAGUGAGACAGAAGCGGGAGAGAGAAAACAGAAAGAAACUCACAGGACUGUUGGAGAAAAUUGAAGGAUGUUCGCAUGUAAUGGAGGUGGAAGAUCGGUAUCUAGUCUAUGACGGAGACCUUGUGGAACUCAACCAGGACGACUACACAGCUAUGCAGAGGGUCCACGCGUACCUGUUGAAUGAUUCCUUGAUGAUUGCGGCGUGGCUGAGCGACAGGCGGGGUCCAGUGCGUUACAGGUUCGAGGUGCUCUACCCCCUAGACCAGGUCCUACCAGUCAACAUCAAGGACCGCGGGACAACGAAGAAUGCUUUCAAGGUCCUCAUUUUCCCCGAUACUCGAGUAUUUAUGGCCCCAGAUGCUAAGUCAAAGCAAGACUGGCUAGAUGAAAUAGAGCGCACCAAGGCCAACAAGGUCACAGUCGACAAGCAGAAGGUGGAACGAGCUCAGCAGCAACAGAAGGAACGGCACCAGAGCCUAAGCAAGGAGGACUCGCUGGAAAGUAACAAUCGUAGGUGUCACGCGCGCUCUUGCUUCCAGAUUGGCACUUUCUCUUUCGGAGUUUAG